CUUUUUGUCCCUUGUUUACCCCUUUCUCCUCCCCAUGUGGAAACUGCGAUACCUCCACACCCGCGGCAGGAACCUCCGCCUUCUGGCUGCACUCGAGAUGCAGCCACCCAGUCCCAGGCGGCGCUGCCGUAUCAAUGUUGCAAUGCCACUGCUGGCAUUGUAUUUUGAUGGCCACAGUGACAUGAGGGUGGACUUCAGGCUCACCCGAGAGUCAUUCAACGCCCUCAUGGCUGUGCUGGGCACUGACUGUGACCACGGUUGGGGCCCAGAGAUCUCCUGUCUAGUUUUUAUUUUUUGGCUUGCCAGCGCCACCUCCUAUCGGGUGGUGGCCAGGGCCUUCGACAUGCCCCGGGCCACCAUUCACCGGCUGGUGCACAGGAUGGGUGGGCAGAUCGCUGCGCUCCUGUACACCGCUGUCCGCCACCCUACAGGAGAGGAACUCCUACGCCUAGGUGCCCGCUUCGCCCGUCUAGCUGGGUCAGCAGCCUUCAGCAGAGUGGUGGGGGCUAUUGAUGGCUGCCACAUCCGAGUGAAGCCCCCAGCGGAGGAUGCUGCCUGCUAUUUCAACAGGAAGCUUUUUCACUCCAUCCAGCUGCAGGCCAUCUGUGAUGAUAAGUGCAAAUUCAUAGAUGUGUGUGUGGGCUACCCAGGCUCAGUGCAUGAUGCCAGGGUCCUAAAAAACAGCCCCAUCUUCUAUGAGCAGUCAUACCCUCCACCAGGAUACUGUAUCCUUGGGGAUGGUGGCUACCCCUGCCUGUCCCAACCCAUCUGCCUCAUGACCCCCUUCAGGCAGCCUGUCCGCAACCACCUCCAAGCACGCUACAACUGCUGCCUGUCAAAGGCGAGGUGUGUUGUGGAGAGGUCCUUUGGGAUACUGAAGACGCGAUGGCGGUCCAUCUUCUGA